AUGACCUCGACGCCUCCGCCGUCGAAUCAAUAUACAAUUCCGGGGAUACCGUCACUGCCUUCACCGUCGAGCUCGCGUCCCCGAGGCUCAAUCGGCAGCUCAUUCUCUUUCAACCCAUCCCACCUAAUGGACUCCUUCGCGUACGAUUCAAAUGCGAGCAUGUUGUCCACUCGUUUCGGGACGACGGCAGCCCUGGAUCCCAACCGCUCAAUCCUAGCUUCUUCUCCAGCCCGUGCAUCUCCCUGGCCCAAACCCAAACGCAAAGGAAAAGACAGGAAUACCGGGGCUGCAAACCUGUUGUCUUCGUUUGGGGGUCCCAAAGGUCGACAACAACACCCACUGGCCAAUGAUACGACCGACGUAUUCAAUGACUCUGACGACGAUGCGGAUGUCGAGGAUGAUGGAGAAGAGAGUUAUGAGUGGGGAAUGGUGGAUCGGAUGCGGUUGUGGAGGCACGAUGCACUCAUGCAGCAUCUCUACGAAACGGCCGCGUUCUGGGGUGAUAAAAUCCUUAGUUGGACAAACGAUCCAAAUGACGCGUUCUGGCUUGCCCAAACCUACUUCAUGACCCACCAAUACUCGCGCGCCUACCGUCUCCUGACACGUCCAUUUCCAUCCGCACCAAAUGCAAGCGCCCAACGCGGCCCUGUCGAUUCUGAUAGCAACAAUAUCCUCCCCGCCAACUUAACCAGCACCGGCAGCAGUGGCUCCAACUCGAACCCAAAUCUCACAGCCCAACCAUCGCCAACCAAAGGCAAAGCCAAAGAAAUACAGCUCUCGGCCGAGCGGGCUGUAGUUGCAAUGCCCCGGUUACCGAUGGGUACUGGUGGACUGGUGGAGGUACCAGAAAGCUUACAAGAGUCCACAAGUAGGCUCGUUGAUUUGAGUUUGGCUUGUCGAUAUCUUGCCGCACAGUGCAUGGUCAGGUCAGGCAAAUGGACAGAGGCAAUGGAAUUGAUUGGAGACUCGAAUCCAUUCAGAGGGUCUACUAAGAGUGGACCCGCGAUUGCGAACACGGACGGUGGAAUCAAGAUUGAAGCCUCGAUGUGUUACCUGCGAGGGCUCCUGAUGCUCAAACUCAACCGGGCAGAUCAAGCAAAGACGUGUUUCAUGGAAGCUUUAGCUCUGGACGUCAAAUGCGCCGAUGCAUUUUCGAUGCUGAUGAACGCCGAAAUGCUCACCCCCGAUGAAGAAUGGGAAUUCAUCCAAGGCCUUUCCUAUUCCACCCAGACACCGGAAGACGCGGAAUUCGUCCAGCUCAUCUAUACGUCUCGCCUUCGCAAGGACAAGCACCACCGCGAACAUGAGUUGACGCGUAUGCGCCUCGUAGACGACUAUGGCCUGGGCGACAAUCCCGACGUUCUCUUCAGCUUUGCCGACGCUCUAUAUGCAAGCUUCAGAUGGGCAGAGUGCUUCGCCAUUACCUCCAGGAUUAUGUCCCUAACAUCAAUCCACGUCCCAACCCUCCCCUUGCACAUCGCUUGCAUGUAUCACCUCAACCACCUCCACUCCAAACUCUUCCUGCUAGCCCAUGAGAUGGUCGAUCGCGAACCCGAAAACCCCCUCAGUUGGUACGCUGUUGGUGUUUGGUACUUGACGAAUGGCAAGUGGAGCCAAGCCAGGGCAUACCUCAGUAAAACAACUUUGAUGGACCCCAGAUUCGCCCCUGCCUGGGCGGCUUUCGGGCACACCUUUGCGCUCGAGGCCGAACACGAGCACGCUGUGACGGCGUACUCGACUUGUGCUAGGAUAUUCGCUGGUUCACAUUUGCCGUUGCUCUUCAUCGGCAUGGAACAAAUCAAACUAUCCAACUAUCGUUUAGCAGAUGAAGCACUCGCAGCUUCGCAUGCCCUUUGCGCAGACGACCCUUUGUUGUGCAACGAGAGGGGUGUGAUGGCGUUCAACCACGGAGACUACGAAAAGGCUGCAGCCCUGUUCGAGGAAGCCAUCGCCAAGGCAGAAAUCACCCAAAGCUCUCAAAAGACAUGGGCAGUGACGUAUAUCAACCUCGGAACCAGUCUGCGCAAGCUCAGGCGGUACAAGGAAGCGCUUGACGUUUACAAAAAAGUGCUCGAAUACGACCCUCGCAAUGCCACUGCCUUGGGUCUCUUAGGCAUGGUGCACCACCUCCUCAACGAGCUCGACCAGGCCAUUCUCCGAUAUCAUGAAGCACUCAGCAUUGAACCUAUCAAUGCCAACAUUCUGGAGCUCUUGAAUAUGGCGCUUGAAUCGACGGCUACGACGAGAAAGAACAUGACAUUCUCAGAAGCGCAGGAACAAGAGUUUAUGGCGGGACUGGCCGAGAUCAAGCAGAAAUGGGCAAGGUUAGGCCAUGGGAAGACGGGUACAUCGAGCGGGGCAGGGACUAGUAGGGCGGAGGAAGAUGCGAUGCAGAUCUGA